AUGAAUGGCCAUUUUAAACAAUUAAAUGUAUGCAAUCUGAAGCAAAUAAUAAUAAAAUAAUGAAAAUGUAUCCCAUUUUUAGCCGAUGCUUUUAUUCAAAGCAACUUAGUCAGUCAUGCAUACAUUUUUCUUAUGGGAAGGGCCCAGCGGGAAUCGAACCCAAGCCGCCAAGCUUUACCAACUGCGCUACAGAGGGCCUUCAGUAUGUGUUCACGUUUUGUGUCUGUAGAUCCGAUGCUCGACUUGGACAUCCAGGAGCUGGCUAACCUGACAGCUGGUGAUGCAGACGUGGAGAACUUUGAGCGCCUCUUCACCAAACUGAAGGAGAUGAAAGGUACCUGGCUGGAGAUACUAGGGGCUGCAUCCCAAAACGGCACCCUAUUCCCUACAUAGUGCACUACUAUUGACCAGAGCCCUAUGGGCAGAUGUUGGCUCAAUUGGAAAUUAUCUAAAAUGUCCAGCGUGCUAUAGAGGUUUCUGAUUGGAUCCCAGCGUGCUAUAGAGGUUUCUGAUUGGAUCCCGCAUGCUAUAGAGAUUUCCUUUUUUAUAUUUUUUGUUGUAUUAUACGUUGUGGCACAGCCCGGGAAUGAACCCGGGUCUGUAGUAGCGCAUCUAGCACUGCGAUGCAGUGCCUUAGACCGCUGCGCCACUCGGGAGGCCCGCUAUAGAGAUUUCUGAUUGGAUCCAGCGUGCUAUAUGUUUUCUGAUCAACAUGAUGGCGCCAACAGACGUGGCAGCUCUGCUUCUAGCUCCAAAGCAACUUUGCAGUAUUUGGUAUUUUUUUUGUGUUAUUUCUUACAUUAUUUGCCCAGAAUGUUUUUUGUGUUAUUACAUACAGCCGGAAAUAACUUUGGGAUAUCAGAGCGGCGGUAACUCACCAGCAUUACAACCAGAAAUACGACUUUCCCGAAUUGGAUCCUUUGUUCGUACCCCCCAGGGCAAUUGAAAUUAUCCCAGAGGCUGCUCCAAGAUGCCGCCGGCGGAGAAGAGGUAUUCGGAGUGGACUUCUAGUCUGACUCAGGAGGCGUGCACACCAUCCACCGCUUCAGAGUAUAUUCACUCGCUAAUGUUCGGUCCCUGGAAAAUAAAGUAGACGAGCUCAGAGAGACAUCAGGGUUUGUAACAUACUCUGUUUUACGGAAUCAUGGCUCUCUCCGGAUAUACUGUCCCCGUCCAUACAGCCAGCUGAGUACAGAACUCUCCGGGAAGAAGGAAGGUGGUGGUGUUUCAUGAUUAACUACUCAUGGUGUGAUUGUGAUAACGUAUAGGAACUCAAGUCCUUUUGUUCACCCGAGCUAGAAUACCUCACAAUCAAAUGCCGACCGUAUUAUCUCCCAAGAGAAUUCUCUUCGGUUAUAAUCCCAGCCGUGUAUAUUCCCCCUCAAGCCGAUACCACGACGACCCUCAAGGAACUACACUGGACUUUGUGCAAACUGGAAACCACAUAUCCUGAGGCCGCAUUUAUUGUAGCUGGGGAUUUCCCUUUGGCAAAUCGGAUCACGACUCCAUUCUGCUCCUCCCUUCCUAUAGGCAGAAACUCAAACAGGAAGUACCCGUGCUAAGGUCUACUCAACGCUGGUCUGACCAAUCAGAAUCCAUGCUUCAAGAUUGUUUUGAUCACGUGGACUGGGAUAUGUUCCGGGUUGCCUCUGAGAAUAACAUUGACGUAUACACGGACACGGUGACUUGAGUAUAGGGGGUGUUGUUCCCACUGUCACUAUUAAAACCUACCCAAACCCACUACAAUUUGCAUACCGCCCCAACAGAGCCAGAUACGAUGCAAUCGCCAUCACACUACACACUGCCCUAUCCCAUCUGGACAAGAGGAAUAACUAUGUAAGAAUGCUGUUCGUUGACUAUAGCUCAGCCUUCAACACCAUAGUGCCCUCCAAGCUCAUCAUUAAGCUCGGGGCCCUGGGUCUGAACCCCACCCUGUGCAACUGGGUCCUGGACUUCCUGACGGGCUGCCCCCAAGUGGUGAAGGUAGGAAACAACACCUCCACUUCGCUGAUCCUCAACACUGGGGCCCCACAAGGGUGCGUGGUCAGCCCCCUCCUGUACUCCCUGUUCACCCAUGACUGCGUGGCCAAGCACGCCUCCAACUCAAUCAUCAAGUUUGCAGACGACACAACAGUAGUAGGCUUGAUUACCAACAAUGACGAGACAGCCUACAGGUAGGAGUUGAGGGCUCUGGGAGUGUGGUGCCAGGAAAAUAACCUGGCAACAAAACAAAGGAGAUGAUUGUGGACUUCAGGAAAAAGCAGAGGGUGCACGCCCCUAUCCACAUCGACGGGACCUCAGAGGAGAAGGCGGAAAGCUUCAAGUUCCUUGGUGUACACAUCACUGACAAUCUGAAAUGGUCCACCCACACAGACAGUGUGGUGAAGAAGGCGGAACAGCCUCUUCAACCUCAGGAGGCUGAACAAAUGUGGCUUAGCCCCUAAGACCCUCUCAAACUUUAACAGAUGCACAAUUGAGAGCAUCCUAUUGGGCUGUAUCACCGCCUGGUACGGCGACUGCACCGCCCGCAACCGCAGGGCUCUCCAGAGUGUGGUGAGGUCUGCCGAACGCAUUACCGGGGGCAAACUACCAGCCCUCCAGGACACCUACAGCACCCGAUGUCACAGGAAGGCCAAAAAGAUCAUCAAGGACAACAACCACAAGAGCCACGGCCUGUCCACCUCGCUAUCAUCCAGAAGGCGAGGUCAGUACAGGUGCAUCAAAGCUGGGACCGAGAGACAGAAGCAGUUUUUCAAUCUCAAGGCCAUCACUGUUAAAUAGCCAUCACUAGCCGGCUACCACCCGGUUACUCAACCCUGCACCUUAGAGGCUGCUGCCCUAUGUACAUAGACUUUAAAUCACUGGUCACUUUAAUAAUGUUUAUAUACUGCUUUAUUAAUUUCAUAUGUAUAUACUCUAUUCUACUGUAUUUUAGUCAAUGCCACUACUAAUAUUUAUACAUUUCUUAAUUCCAUUAUUUUACUUUUAGAUUUGUGUGUAUUGUUGUGAAUUGUUAGAUACUACUGCACUGUUGGAGCUAGGAACACAAGCAUUUCGCUACACCAGCAAUAACAUCUGCUAAAUAUGUGACCAAUAACAUUUGAUUGGAUCCAGCGUGCUAUAGAGCGGUUUCUGAUUGGAUCCCGGCCUUAGUUGGCAUUGCCGCCUCUGUAUAUUACAGACCACAGAUGUCAUACGACCCUGUUUUAGAUUCAUGCCAGUUUCAGAUGACAGCCUGCUUUUCACUCUGCAGAUAAAGCCUCAUGGUUACCUCCUGAACAGAGGAAACUUCAUGCUGAGAAGGUAGGUGCAUCCCUAAACACACCUUUUUUUUAUGUUAAACCCAUUUAAACCAAUACAUUACAUUCAUAUUUAGUUCUUCUGACUCUUCGUGUCAAACUUGUCCUAUUGUCAACUGCAUAAUGUUGAUUGAGGCGAAAUUUCUAAAUGUGUACCUGAUUACUUGCUUCGCAGGUUGCCAAGGCGUUUUGGACGGCCAUCGGAGGAGACCAGGAUGAGCUAGAAGGCCUGUCGUCAGGGGAGGAGAGUUAAAGGGAGACUGAGGAGCCACACUCUUCUUUCCGGUCCCCAGUCCUCCCUACCCUGGGUCUCCUACUGGAUCCAGUCUUCCCUACCCUGGGGCUCCCACAGGAUCCAGUCCUCCCUACCCUGGGGAUCCCACUGGAUCCAGUCCUCCCUACCCUGGGGAUCCCAU